CCCACCCUUUGUGUUACCUACCGCCCGUCAAUCAAAAUAGAAAAAAAUCUGACAGUUAUCACCUAUUUCUACGCGUAUACAAUCAAUUUCAUUUGCUGAUCAUGUCCGGUGGCUUGUGACUAUCAGGACUUUACGUUUAAAGACAAGGCACGUAAUGACUGCCCCAGAACAGCCGAUGAAACCAGAAGAUAUGGCUGCCUUGGACGUGGACAGCAGUCAAAGCGACUUUCUGCAGCAGGAGCAAGGCGGGGGCAAUCAGACAUCAGAUCCAUCUACGCAACUAACUGGGACAGAGAAAUGGGAGGUGUUAACCCCCACAACAGCAGCAAAGGAUGAAUCUGGAAUGAUACAGAUCCAAAGUCAAGGAAUAUUAACAUCAAACGGACAGUAUGUUCUUCCUCUCCAGAACUUACAAAGUCAGCCAAUCUUUGUGACAUCUGGAACAGAUGCCUCCUCUGCCAAUUCAGUGCCUAACAUUCAGUACCAAGUAAUUCCUCAAAUUCAGACAGCAGAUGGACAACUGAGCUUCACAACGGGCGUGGAAGGAGCGACUCUGACUCAGGAUGCCACAGGGCAGAUUCAGAUCUUGCCUGAAGGUAGCCACAGUCUCAGUGUAACAUCAACUGCAAACAUCCUUAAUAACAACCAGAACCUCAUAUCACAGACUGGUAAUGUCCAGCAGCUCCAGGGGGUUUCUCUUAGCAGCUCCACCUUCAACAACCAGGGUCAGGUUGUUACUAAUGUGCCUGUGGGUUUGCCUGGGAACAUUACUUUUGUUCCUAUUAACAGUGUGGACUUGGACUCCCUUGGCCUCUCUGGUGCUCAGACUAUAGCAACAGGGGUCACUGCUGAUGGCCAGCUAAUUAUGACGAGUCAGCCUGUGGAUGGCUCAGAGAGUCUGGCGAAGACAGAUAAUCACCUCUCACAGACACUACAAGUAAAUGACUCAAAUGCAAAUCAUGAGAUCUAUGUGCCAACGUCUUCCUCUCAGCUACACAUUCCAGCGAACGAAUCUGGUCUGCUGACACAAGACACUUCAUUGUCAUCAGCGGCUACAGAGCAAGGCGACUCAAGUUCUGGUCUCCAGGAGGGCUUCAUCCAACAGAACCAAGAGCAGAGCAUCCAGGUGUCCUCCGCUCAGUCCAUCAUCCAGCUGCAGCAGGUGCCUAUUCAGACCACCAAUGGUCAGGUGGUCCAGUCCAUGGCGACAGGCGGGCAGAACCUGCAAAACGUGCAGCUGAUCAAUCCGGGAACCUUCAUCAUCCAAGCCCAGACGGUCACGCCGUCAGGUCAGAUACAGUGGCAGACCUUUCAGGUGCAGGGAGUGCAGAACCUGCAGAACCUCCAGCUGCCCACAACACCACCCCAGCAGAUAACCCUGGCUCCAGUCCAGACCCUGUCACUGGGUUCCAGUCCAGUCAGCAUCAGCACGGGACAGAUGCCCAACCUGCAGACAGUGACGGUCAACACAAUGGCCCAACAAGGAGAUGCAGACAACCCUGGAGAGAUUCGGAUAAAAGAAGAGCCCGAUUCUGGAGAGUGGCAGCUAAGCACCGACUCUACCCUGAACACAAGCGAUCUGUCCCACCUUCGCGUCAGGCUGGUGGAUGAGGAGGAUCAGUUGGGUCAGGAGGGCAAGAGGCUGCGCAGAGUGGCGUGUACUUGCCCCAACUGUAAAGAGUCAGGUGGGAGAGGAUCCAGCACAGGGAAGAAAAAGCAGCACAUCUGCCACAUUGCCGGCUGUGGGAAAGUAUAUGGAAAGACAUCGCACCUGCGAGCCCACCUGCGCUGGCAUUCAGGGGAGCGACCUUUUGUUUGCAGCUGGAUGUUUUGUGGGAAGAGGUUCACACGCAGCGACGAGCUGCAGAGACACAGGAGAACACACACAGGAGAGAAGAAGUUUGUCUGCCCAGAAUGUUCCAAGCGUUUCAUGCGGAGCGACCACCUGGCGAAGCACAUUAAAACUCAUCAGAACAAAAAAGGCGUGAACUCUGGCAGCGCUGUGGUGGCCUCGAUGGAAUCGGCGGGGUCCUCAGACAGUAUCAUCACCACGGCAGGCGGGACCACCCUCAUCCUCACCAACAUCCAGCAGGGUUCCAGCAACGCCCAGGACAUCCUGGCCAACGCAGAGAUCCCUCUCCAGCUCGUCACCACGGUAGCGGCCAGCGAUGUCAUGGAGUGAUUUACACUCCACUUAUGAACUUCUACAACCUCUCUCAUACUGUAUACUCCUACCUGCAUUUUUUUUUUCAAGUUUCGAAGAAAAACUAAAAUUAUAAGUAUAUAUAUAUAAAUAUAUAUAUAUUUUAACACAGAAAUAGUCAGUCCAUGUCCAUACUCGGUUUUUAUUAAGGACUAAUAGUGGAGACUAAAAGAAGAUAAAGGUGAAAAAGACAUUGCAGUAAACACACAAGGAAAUGCCUUAUUUUGUACAAUAUUGUGUCGUCGGAAAUGUAGGAUGCCAUUUUGUUUUGAAUCUACUUAUUUUUUUGUUAGUGUUUUUCACAAAAAAUUAUUGGUAAGUUGAGCGUUUUUUUUUUGAUGGUAUAUUGUAAUGAUGUCCUUGGUUUGUUCCAUCCUUUGAGCAAAUACUAAAUCUCACAACAGAGCUAAUUUUAUCCAGCUAAAGUAAUGUUAUUGCUUACGUCCAUGCAAAUGUAUUCAUGUUAUGGCGUUUUUGUUUCAAUAUUAUGCUUUUUUUUUUUUUUUUUCCUGCUUGCAGUCAGUCUGCUUGCAAAUUAGCGCGACCUCCUUCCUCCAGUUUUUUAAAAACUUUGUUCACACCUGCUACAUUUUGCAGGUGAAAAAUCUAAACAAUCACAAUUUUGUAUUGUAAUUCCUCUUGAACAUAUACUGUUGAUAUGAUACACAUUAUUUGCUUAUUAAAUAUUUUGACUGAACAGCUAUUUAUAUUGGGCUUUACCUAGAAAAUGCAUUUGUGAUAUUAAAAGUCCAAAAUAUUUCAAAUGGCUCCAUUAUGUGUAAUUUAAAUGUGUUUUUGUAAAAACCUUGUUGGAGGAUUUCAAAAAACAGUCAUUGUAAUAUGAAGAAGAGAAGCCAUUUUUUUUUUGAGGUAAUUGCCAAAUUUGACUACAAACUCAGGGUGACUUGUGUCUGUGUGAUAUAAUUAGAGUAAAUCACUCCUGUAGCUUCUCGAGCCAUGGUGGUGAUGUUGUGAUGAAAUGUUAUUUGAUGAUGGACCAAAAGCUGAGGUGAAUUAAGCUGUCACCACGUUACCAAUGCUCGUUGAAUUCUACCAUGUCAGUUUUUACGAUGAGGACAACCCCUGUUCAUAUUAUAGAAACAGCUUUGCAGAAUUCUCGCCAGUGUCUUGCUCCAUCAUGCAUUUGGAAAAAUGUAUAACUGAAAGCGGUACUCUUUUUAAGAGCACUAUUCUCAUCACUUUCAUCUUGUUGUUAAUCCUUUUGUAUAAAAAAUGUUUUGUAUACUUCCCAAGAACCUGUCCUUUAUAUUCAUUUUUAGUAAAUGUACCAUAUUUCAGUUUUUGUGUUAAUACUUUUUCUUUAACUAUAUCUUCCAUGAUAUUAUGUUUUAUUUUAUCUCUGAACCCCUCCCUUCUCCCCCCCCAACUGUUGAAUUGUUAAAUUGAAUACACACUGAACAGUGAAUUAUGGUGGCAUAUUUGAUUAGAUUUCCAAUUCUUUUGUGAUACAUAAUGAAAAUUAUGUGAUGUGAUUUUUUUUUUUUUUUUUUUUGCUCACAUGGACAUGUCCUCUUCAGGAGAUUAUACUUAACCCCCAUUAUUAAAUUUGUACUAAACACUGAAGGUUUGUUCUCACUCAAAAUUCUGUAUAAAUAUGUCCAUAUAAUAACAUCAAUAUAAACCUUUCUGUUACACUUGAA